ACCUACCAGCACAUCUCCAAACUGAAGGGGGACAAAAUAUGCUGUAAAAUAUAUGAUUAUGAGCUCUGAACCAGCCAGUUACAAAGCUUUUCCUGUGUAUGUGUGUGUGUGUGUGUGUGUGUGUUUGGUGUUGGUUGAAAUCAUGUUACUAUUCAAUUUUGUUGAUACUUUAUUUCAAGCUGUCUGCUUUGACUGUGAUAACUCACCAUAUAAAAAUAAACAGCUGUACACUUGAUGCUCUGGUGCUUUUGAAAAAAUAAAGAAUAAACACGUGUGCAUUUGUGCGUGUCUGACCUCAGUCAUGUGACUCAUUAUAAAGAUGAUUAAUGAUAAGCAGAUAUUCACUUUCAGUUCAGUCAGCACAGAGGACUGAUUAUAUGUUAUGAACUAAUUUGUCAUCUUUACAAAGGCCAGGUGUAUUUUCAGUAAAUUAAAGGAACUAGUUUAUCUAUCCAUAUCCAGUUCAGGGUCAUGGUGGGCGGGGCUUUGUAAAUUUGCCAUACCGGCCAUAAACUGGCAACCUGCGAUGUUCAAUCACCAGUUAUUCUAACAGGCAUGUGAGAGGAAGCCAAAGAGUGAAUUUGAAGCCAGGACUUUGUUGCUGUGAGGCAGCAGUGCUAAGCCCAGCCUUUUUUAAAGCAAUGUAUCUUUUAAAAUCUUUGUUCGAGGUAGGCCUGGCAAAGAAGACGGCUCAAAUGUGCCAAGUGACAGAAGUGAAAGUGCUUUUGUGUUUAGGACCAUGUUAUUAACAGACAGCAGGCAUAUGCUGUACUGUGAGGUUAUGAUGCAUUGAUGCUGUUGUUGGGGAAGGAAAAAGAAGAAGAAAAAAGUGUCAGGGUCUUUGCAUUUGGUGUUUUUAAUAAAAUGGGUUUGUUGGUCUUUUUUGCUUUGGUUAUAUUGGCUUUAAUAUGACAUAAACCAUAUUUUACAAGAUGUGCUGGAACCAAACCAGGGACACUGAACAUAUCUAAAGACAUUAAGUCUCCCCCCGCAUUUUAUAUAUUUUGGUACAUUUUUAAUGCAUUUUUGACACACUAUUUAAAGACUGCUGAAUUUUCAAACAAUAGGUUCCCCAGCUGAGGAUUUUCAUAAUAAAGGUAAUGUGUGUUAUUAGUUGCAUAAAGCUCUAUCAUCAGCCAGUGUUGCCCGUAUAAUGCCUUAUUUACGCCUGAAAGAAUGCGCAGACUCUAGCACAGGGCCAUAAAGCCCAUGGGCUUUUCACUCCACUGCUUCUAAAAAACAGAAGAAGUAUAAAAUUAUGAGUGGACACGAUAACGUCAACGAGCAUCAGGAGCCAUGGUUUUAAAGUUACGACCUCAUUACCCCCAGAUUGAAGCCAUAUAACCUUAAACCCACACAGAGGAGGUUAGGAGGGAUGAAAUGUUCUUGUUUUCUCGUGGCCACUGAAGCGUAUUUUUUCAAGGUAAAUAUUCUCUUUCCAACAUGAAAUAGGUCUUUGUUGUUUGCCGAGAGGUAAAGAGGCGGAAAAGUGAGGAGGAUCUGAACUGGUUUCCAUGUCAAACACUUCAAUUCACCAUAGAAACUCAGAUCUUAACGCGGAAACUUUAUUAAACUGUGAUGGUGGAUUGAUAAGGGCCGAAUUUCUAUUGGCCUCUUUUUAUUGUGGGCGCCAGGCGGGCUGACAGAGGUAAAUUGCUCUUUUAAUUAAAGCAAUGCACCAGGGGAAAUUGCUGUCUGAAUAUUGUCUCAGAGAUGGGGGCCAGUGACAGUUGCCUGGAAACUUCAAUCUGUCUACCCGCAUUUAUUCCAGAUCACAGUUAUGAGAUAAAGUUUAAUAAAAAUCUUUUCCUCCGCCACCAACGAAAUGAAAUCCAACCCUUUCUGAACAAGUGAACACAAUGAGACAGGACUGCGGAGGAAACCUCAUGUUCAACAUGUAUCUCUCAGAUCCAACAGAAAAUCUGUUGAAAGAAAGCAAAGGAACAUCCUGGGCUCCGAUAAAUACAGGAGUUCAAAAAGGGAGUGGGCAGAUUCAGCUCUGGCAGUUCCUGCUGGAGCUCCUCUCUGACAGCACCAACAUGUCGUGCAUCGCCUGGGAGGGCACCAACGGAGAGUUCAAGCUCAUCGACCCCGACGAGGUGGCCCGGCGCUGGGGGGAGCGCAAAAGCAAACCCAACAUGAACUAUGACAAGCUGAGCCGGGCGCUGCGCUACUACUACGACAAAAACAUCAUGACCAAAGUUCACGGCAAAAGAUACGCCUACAAGUUUGAUUUCCACGGCUUGGCGCAGGUGUGCCAGCCGUCCACCACCGAGCAGGCCAUCUACAAAUUUCAGGGCAACUUCUCCCCGAUCCCCUUCUCCGGGAUUUCCAAACUGAAUCUCGUGGCUCCUGGCGUGGGGCCUUCGGGGUUCUCCUACUGGCCUGGCUCCACACCAGCGGCUCUGUACCACAGUCACAACCUCCAGCCUCCGGGCCCGUUUGGCACCGUGUCCCCGUCCCACAUCGGCUGCGUCAACAACAUCAGCAGUCUGAGCAACAUCAACAACCACUACAACUGACUCUCGAUGCGUGUUUUAGACACACCGGGAAACCGACACACUGCAGUGAGGGAGGACAGACAAAUAGCACCAACACGCCGACUUUGGUGUUUGGCGGGGAAAGUAUGAUUUAGGCUCAAAGUGGUUCAAAAUUAGGUGUUUUAAAAAUGUCAUGUGAGGAUUUUUUAAGCGGCGCAAAGUUGUGUUUAAACUCAAAAUUAUGACCAAUGACAUCGGAAGUCUUCUUGCAUGUAAGUAAGACACGAAAACCAAGAAAUAUUUAAUUUAAUUUAAUUUAAUUUAAUUUAAUUUAAUUUAAUUUAAUUCUUGUGGAAAAGCGAUUACGAUCAGAUUACGCACAGUCCUUUGAACCUGAGCGCUUAAUUUGAUCCAUAAAUAUUCCAAAUAUGAAAUGUCCUUAUUUAAGACACUAUCAGUGAGAUGGAAUCGGAAACCAAAUAAAAGUUUACACGAGGGUUGUUUUUGAAACAACAAAAAAAUAGUGUACAUAUAUUUAAAAACGUUGUAUAAAUAAUAAAUCAUCUAUCAGAUCCAUUUCCUAUCAGACCUCGGCUCCCUCGCUCUCUCCCGGCCCUUUCCCUGAGUUGAGUGUUUGUUUUUACACCUUCAGGUGGAUUUGCACCGACGUGGGCGCGAGCUGCCGAACUACCAUCGGACUAAUGGCGCCAUCUUGUGGUUAUGAAUGAAAACAGGCUUGUUGGACUGGAAUGAGACUGACCGCACUAUGAAUCAUGCUGUCACGUCGAUCACCGUUUGCUUAUAAAUCAGAUCAGACGUAAUGAAACUCUUUGUAGGAAAAACAAACCUGACGCAAUAAAAAUGAAAGCAGCGCACAGACACAGGGCGGAACUUUGUGUGAAAUAGGCUGAGUAGAAACUGAAACUGUGAAUUCCCAAACUGCUCUGUAAAUACUGUAGAGUAGAGACCGGCUCAGACUAUAGAAGCUCUUCAGUGAUUUUAAAGUGAAUUCAUUCACACUGUGACUAAAACAACUGUACCAAUAAAAAUACAUAAAUAAACUCUUCUGAAUAAAAA